AUGAUUAUUCCAGUUUUAAAUAUGGAUGUCACUCCAGCUGUACAACUAAUGAUUGUUAUUUCGUACAUUGCACUUGUUUAUGGGCUCUCUGUUGAAAUAAUUGGGGGCCAUCCAUUUGGCCGUACGAUAAAACCAAAAGCUGUUAAUGCCGUCAAAAUUGAGAAUCGUCCCACAGAGAGUGCAACAAAACAAAGGAAGACAAUUUCUCAGGAAGGUAGGUUUCUGAGAAUUAAAAAUGUUCGUGAAUAUUUUGAAGGAAAAAGGAAAUAAGAGAAGCAGUAUCGAAAGCUUACCAUUGCUUAGUGACGACUGUUGGUUAAAAUGAAGGGAAGCGAAUCUCUUUUUACCCGAGAUUUUACACGAACUAGAGGAUGAAUUGCUCAUUAACGUUCCUCGAUUUUCUGAUGCUUGCUAUUUCCUUAGAUGUUACGUGCAAAGUGCUGAAAUUGUACAACUUGCUCACGUUAUCCAGCUCUUUCUGAGUAAUUUAAAAACUUAAUUUGUGUACAGUGUUUACGGCGGCGCCCUCUACUGGUUUUAACCUUUGCUACUACUUACUUACUUAAGCCGGGAAUUAUCCCGAGCCGUCCUAAUACAGUGGAACCUCUAUUAAGCGGACACCUUCAGCACCUUCCCGUUGUAAAAAAACUGCGCAGCGUUUGUUAAUGAUUAACAUUCAACGGUUAGUUAUACUCUGUCCUGUGAAUAAGUUCCAUGUUGCCAAGAAAGCUGUACCGUACUUUGUGCAAGACUUCAGGUGAACUCUUGACAGCUAAACGUAUUGAUUUAUCUUUAUUAGUCGACUACAGUACGUAUUUCAAGGAGGUAAUCAAAUACUACUGUUGUCAAUUCAGUCCGGUGUCUGCUUAAUAAAGGUUUUUAACAAUAGAAGUUAGCCAUGGAGUACCGUGGAGUUUUCUGAGUAUAACUGGGCUACGAUCUCAGAGACAAUUUGCCGCAAAAUGCUCAUUUUUGGCAAGUAGGCCUCUUGGACAUUAUUCUUUCAGAAUGCCCUGACAAAUCCCAUAAUUUCAGAAAUUUCAUUUUUAUGGCGUCAUCACUUUAGUACUCUAUGACGUCAGGAAAAAGCUUAAUGUAGCAUUACUGAGCCGACAUUUUGGUUUUCCCGCGAAAAGAAGUCUGAGGAACGAUAGCAGAAAUUCUAAAAUGAUAACGUGUCGAUACCCAGAUAGAGUGGUUUUCGUUUGAGUGUCGUAAAACCAAAACCACAGUAAUUACUCUGGCCAAUCACAUAGGACACAGACAAUACAUUGAACCAAUCAAAACUCGAAGUAAUUACAUGUGGCUGACGCAAAGCGCGGGAAAAUGCAUGCGAGCGCGUCACAAUUGGCUUUGGUUUUACUUCUGAUUGGAUGAAAAGGUGGCGCGAAUCUUUUAAGCCAAUCGNUGAACCAAUCAAAACUCGAAGUAAUUACAUGUGGCUGACGCAAAGCGCGGGAAAAUGCAUGCGAGCGCGUCACAAUUGGCUUUGGUUUCACUUCUGAUUGAAUGAAAAGGUGGCGCGAAUCUUUUAAGCCAAUCGCAUCGUGUAGAAAGUGCAAAACCAAUUACUUUUCGACACUCAAAUGAAAACCGCUCUAUGCAUGGAUAUUGCUGGUGAUUGUGAUUGGCCGUACCGCGGGGAAAAUGUGCCUCAACGGCAAUUCAAUGAAAAGCGCUUCCCAGAUCUGCGUAGUGACACGUCAUCAGUAUGGAGUUUCUGCGCUCAUUUCUCAUGACGUCAUUUCGCGGGGAAACCAGUGAUGGCGUCGCUAAAUGUCAGCUCUUUUCCCAUAUGUCACGAUCGUUAGACUAAUACAUCUAUAAGGCACGCUAGUCCGCUGAUUACCAUGGAUCAGCUUUAUCGAUCAUUUAACUUAACUGUACUAGAGACAUUUUUUUUUAUUUGUCUUUUCGUAGGUUGCGAUUCCUCAUCCUCAGAAAGUUCAACAGAAGACUUAGCAGGGAAGACAAAAGAACAUUCUCACUGA